UGAGGCUAUAGCUUAGAGGGACGGAGGAGUAGUUUGAUUCUUCCACCGUAAUUUUGUCGGGAAUUAGAGGUGCUGCUGUUGCAAGCAGGCAAGAACAAGAAGAGCGAGUGCACUUCUACUGACUGCUACCUUCUCUGCCGGUGAGCUAUAUACGAGUAGCUUAUACGUCUUUAAUUCAAUGCAAUCAGCUUUUUUAUUGCUUGCUUGAAUUUUUUCAUUCACCAAAAUUGUAUUGCAGUUACAAUUUACAGCAUCAUGUCUUGCUGUUCGAGUUCUGUAUUACGAUUAACUUUAAACCCUUCAAUUUACCCCAAAUCCUCAACUUUUUUUGAAUUGAAAUCCAACCCAUUUCAUCAAUUGCCCAGUUCAUCAAACCCCACUUCCCGAUUUCAAAUCAAUUGCACAAUUCGAAAGCUAAGGGAUAGAAUCAACACUGUAAAGAACACCCAGAAAAUUGCAGAAGCCAUGAAACUUGUGGCUGCGGCCAAAGUUAGGAGAGCUCAGGAGGCUGUUAUUAGUGGCAGGCCAUUCGCUGAGGGUUUAGCUGAUAUGUUGUGCAAUAUCAAUGACAGUGUUCAAUUAGAAGGUGAUGUAGAUGUUCCUUUAGCUAAUGUUAGGACUGUUAAGAAAGUUGCUCUUGUGGUGAUUACCGGCGAACGAGGACUUUGUGGUGGGUUUAAUAGUGCUGUUAUUAGGAAGGCUGAGGCUAGGAUUCAAGAAUUGCAGAAACUUGGGUUAAGUUGUACAAUUAUAAGUGUUGGGAAGAAGGGAAAUGCUUAUUUUUCUAGGCGGGUGUCUUUUGUCUCUGUGGAUCGAUUUGUUGAGGGAGAGGGAUUCCCGACUGUCAAAGAAGCACAGACAAUUGCUGAUGAUGUUUUCUCUCUAUUUGUGAGUGAAGAGGUUGAUAAGGUUGAGCUGUUGUACACCAAGUUUGUGUCAUUGGUUAAGUCUGAUCCUGUGAUUCGUACCUUGCUUCCGCUUUCACCCAAGGGGAAGGCUGUUGAUGCUUAUGGGAACAGUGUUUAUGCGUUAGAGGAUGAGUUCUUUAGGUUGACGAGUAAGGAAGGGAAGUUAGCUGUUGAAAGACUGAGAGUUGAGAAAAAGAAGCAACAAGUGCAGCCUCUUUUGGAGUUCGAGCAAGACCCAGUUCAGAUUAUUGAUGCAAUGAUGCCUCUGUAUCUUAACAGCCAGAUACUAAGAGCACUGCAAGAGUCAGUGGCCAGUGAGCUAGCUGCGAGGAUGAAUGCCAUGAAUAAUGCAAAUGAUAAUGCUGUGGAGUUGAAGAAGACUCUUUCUAUUGCAUACAAUAGACAAAGGCAGACUAAGAUUACUGAAGAGCUAUUAGAGAUUGUUGCUGGAGCUGAAGCUCUUAGACCAUAUGACUAGUUUUGGUAUUUGCUGCUUUAAAUGAGACAAGUUUAUUAGCUUCUAGUGUUUUCCUUUGUUAAUUGGUUAGUGCGAUUCAAUUUUUAGACUUUGAGACAUGGCCCUACUUUUCUUGAAGGAUAGACUCCACAACUCUAGGUCUGAUGUCUGAGGUUUUGAAACUGAUAUAAGUUGAAAAUAGCACCUGUUACUCUUCUAUCUUAUUACAACUUUUUUUUGAGGGAUAUAA